AUGAGCUGGGACCUGCUGGAGAAAGCAGAAGUGGGAAGAGGAGAAGGGCAGAAGCCCCCAGAGAAGCCCCCAGAGGAGCCCCCAGAGAAGCCCCCAGAGGAGCCCCCAGAGAAGCCCCCAGAGAAGCCCCCAGAGGAGCCCCCAGAGGAGCCUCCAGAGAAGCCCCCAGAGAAGCCCCCAGAGGAGCCCCCAGAGAAGCCCCCAGAGAAGCCCCCAGAGAAGCCCCCAGAGGAGCCCCCAGAGAAGCCCCCAGAGAAGCCCCAGAGGAGCCCCCAGAGGAGCCCCAGAGAAGCCCCCAGAGAAGCCCCCAGAGAAGCCCCAGAGAAGCCCCAGAGAAGCCCCAGAGGAGCCCCAGAGAAGCCCCAGAGGAGCCCCCAGAGGAGCCCCCAGAGAAGCCCCCAGAGGAGCCCCCAGAGGAGCCCCCAGAGAAGCCCCCAGAGAAGCCCCAGAGAAGCCCCAGAGGAGCCCCAGAGAAGCCCCAGAGAAGCCCCCAGAGGAGCCCCCAGAGAAGCCCCCAGAGGAGCCCCCAGAGGAGCCCCAGAGAAGCCCCCAGAGAAGCCUCAGAGGAGCCCCAGAGGAGCCUCAGAGGAGCCCCAUAGAAGCCCCCAGAGAAGCCCCCAGAGGAGCCCCCAGAGGAGCCUCAGAGGAGCCCCAGAGGAGCCCCCAGAGAAGCCCCCAGAGGAGCCCCAGAGAAGCCCCCAGAGGAGCCCCAGAGAAGCCCCCAGAGAAGCCCCCAGAGAAGCCCCCAGAGGAGCCCCCAGAGAAGCCCCCAGAGAAGCCCCCAGAGGAGCCCCCAGAGAAGCCCUCAGAGAAGCCCCCAGAGGAGCCCCCAGAGAAGCCCCAGAGGAGCCCCCAGAGAAGCCCCCAGAGGAGCCCCCAGAGAUGCCCCCAGAGAAGCCCCCAGAGGUGCCCCCGGAGGUGCCCCCAGAGGUGCCCCCAGAGGAGCCCCCAGAGGAGCCCCCAGAGGUGCCCCCAGAGGUGCCCCCAGAGGAGCCCCCAGAGCCCCCAGAGGAGCCCCCAGAGAAGCCCCCAGAGAAGCCCCCAGAGGAGCCCCCAGAGAAGCCCCCAGAGAAGCCCCCAGAGGAGCCCCCAGAGGAGCCCCCAGAGAAGCCCCCAGAGGAGCCCCAGAGGAGCCCCCAGAGAAGCCCCCAGAGGAGCCCCCAGAGAAGCCCCCAGAGAAGCCCCCAGAGAAGCCCCAGAGAAGCCCCAGAGAAGCCCCCAGAGGAGCCCCCAGAGAAGCCCCCAGAGAAGCCCCCAGAGGAGCCCCAGAGAAGCCCCCAGAGAAGCCCCCAGAGAAGCCCCCAGAGAAGCCCCCAGAGGAGCCCCCAGAGAAGCCCCCAGAGGAGCCCCCAGAGAAGCCCCCAGAGAAGCCCCCAGAGAAGCCCCCAGAGAAGCCCCAGAGGAGCCCCCAGACACGCCCCCAGACACGCCCCAGACACGCCCCCAAUGCACUGGCCCAGCCCCGCCCCGGACACGCCCCCGGCCACGCCCCCAGCCGCACCCCACAGCCCAGCCCCAGCCAAAGCUGCAGCCUCCAGCUCCUGCUUGCUGUGUGCUUCCUCAUCUGACAUCUGCCAGCUCCUGGCAGCCCCUGGAGGGACAGAGGCUGGGCUGGGGCAGGAGCUGGCAGCACGGCUGGGCACAGAGAGCGGUGCUGAACGGUGCCACAGCCAGCUGGCAGCUGGCACCAGUGCUGUGCCCCAGGGAUUGGCACUGGGCACAGCCCUGCUCAGUGUCUUCAUUGAUGGUCUGGAGGAGGGGAUUGAGUCCUCCAGCAGCGAGUUCCCAGAUGGCACCAAGUUGGCAGCAAGUGUGGAGCUGUGA